AUGGGCAGAGACGACGUGGAACAAGGGCAACUGCCCAAGAAGAUGAGGCCUCCUGAUGGUGGCUGGGGCUGGAUUGUAUUAUUAGGCUGCUUCAUCAUCACUGGCUUUUCUUAUGCUUUUCCAAAGGUAGUGAGCAUUUAUUUCAAGGACCUGAUGCAUGAUUUCCAUGUGGGAUAUAGUGACACAGCUUGGAUCUCAUCCAUCAUGCUGGCUAUGCUGUAUGGAACAGGACCUGUGAGCAGCAUUAUGGUGAACCAGUUUGGAUGUCGGCCUGUGAUGCUGGUUGGGGGACUCCUGGCUUCCUCUGGAAUGAUUCUGGCCUCCUUCACCACCAACAUUAUUGAACUGUAUUUGUCUGCUGGAGUGCUGACAGGUUUAGGAAUGGCUUUGAAUUUCCAGCCUUCUUUGAUUAUGUUAGGAUCUUACUUUGACAAGCGCAGGCCACUAGCCAAUGGGCUAGCUGCAGCUGGAAGCCCAGUCUUCCUUUCAGCCCUUUCUCCACUGGGUCAAGUCUUGCUGGAAAAGUUUGGCUGGCGAGGGGGAUUCCUCAUUAUGGGGGGCCUCCUCCUAAAUUGCUGUACAUGUGGAGCACUCAUGAGACCCUUGGCAAUUGGCAUUAAGAAGACAAGGGAAAAAGUCGUGGACACUUACGAAACUAAAGAGAUGCUGCCAAUGGGGGGGACAGCAGAAGAGGGAGCCAGCACCAUGGACAGUGCUAAGAAAUCCAAGAAACCCAAGAAGAAAAAGGCCAAGAAAAAGUUAUUAAAUUUUUCUGUCUUCAGAAAACGGGGUUUUAUCAUUUACACUAUCACCAAGUUCAUAAUGGUUUUGGGCCUCUUUGUGCCCCCAGUCCUGCUGGUCAGCUAUGCCAAAGACACAGGAGUACCUGACAAAGAGGCUGCAUUUCUCUUGUCCAUCAUUGGCUUCAUAGAUAGCUUUGCCCGUCCAUCCUGUGGGAUGUUUGCUGGGCUGAAGUGGAUACGGCCCCAUGUCACCUACUUGUUCAGUUUUGCCAUGCUCUUCAACGGCCUGACUGAUAUCUUCAGUGCCAGGGCCAGCACCUAUACCUCCCUGGUCAUCUUCUGUGUUUUCUUUGGUAUUUCCUAUGGAAUGGUGGGAGCUCUGCAGUUUGAAGUGCUCAUGACUAUCAUUGGACCACAGAAAUUCUCCAGUGCAAUUGGGCUUAACUUGCUCAUUGAGGCCCUUGCUGUACUCAUUGGACCACCCUCGGCAGGACGACUGGUGGAUGCAUUCAAGAAAUAUGAGAUUAUAUUCUAUCUGGCUGGCUCAGAAGUUGUGUUGUCUGCUCUCUUCCUGGCUGUUGCUUCAUACUGCUGCCUGAACAUGGAGAAAGAAACUACCACUCAGCUAGAGAAUUGUUCUGUAGCUAGAGGUAACAGUGAAACAGAAGAAGCAGAAGCAGAAGCGGAUCUACAGGAAGCAAAGGAUAGCCUUGACAAUGACCAACAUCUGACCCACAGCGCUGACAGUGUUGGAGGUGACAGAGUGGAUAAUAUCGCAGACUACAAGAACAUUGGAUAG